GUUCCAGCACCUUUUCAACUGCUGCUGUGGGCACCAGCUCACCGGUGACCACGUUAACUCAGGGCAGUUCCUGUUCUACUGCUCCUGGAGGCAUCACCAUGUCUUCAACGGCUCCCGAAAGCACGUCAUCAACCUUGGGGCCUGCCACGACUACACCUGGGGCCACUGCAGGUUCCAGCACCUUUUCAACUGCUGCUGUGGGCACCAGCUCACCAGUGACCACAUUCACUCAGGGCAGUUCCUCUUCUACUGCUCCUGGAGGCAUCACCACGUCUUCAACUGCUCCCGGUUCCAGUACCUUUUCAACUGCUGCUGCAGGCACCAGCUCACUGGUGACCACGUUAACUCAGGGCAGUUCCUCUUCUACUGCUCCUGGAGGCAUCACCAUGUCUUCAACGGCUCCCGAAAGCACGUCAUCAACCUUGGGGCCUGCCACGACUACACCUGGGGCCACUGCAGGUUCCAGCACCUUUUCAACUGCUGCUGUGGGCACCAGCUCACCAGUGACCACAUUCACUCAGGGCAGUUCCUCUUCUACCGCUCCUGGAGGCAUCACCACGUCUUCAACUGCUCCUGGGCAGUUCCUCUUCUACCUGCUCCUGGAGACAUCACCAACGUCUUCAACUACUCCGCUCAUCAGGUGACCACUUUCACUCUGGGCAGUUCCUCUUCUACUGCUCCUGGAGGCAUCACCACGUCUUCAACUACUCCCGGUGAAGAAAGCACAUCAUCAACCACGGGGCCUGCCACCACCACACCUGGGGCCACUGCAGAGUCCAGCAACUUUUCAACUGCUGCUGCGGGCACCAGCUCACUGGUGACCACGUGGACUCAGGGAAGUUCCUCUUUUACCACUCCUGGAGGCAUCACCACGUCUUCAACUGCUCCUGUUGAAGAAAGCACGUCAUCAACCUUGGGGCCAGUCACGACCACACCUGGGGCCACUGCAGGUUCCAGCACCUUUUCAACUGCUGCUACGGGCACCAGCUCACCAGUGACCAUGUUCACUCAGGGCAGUUCCUCUUCUACCGCUCCUGAAGGCAUCACCACAUCUUCAACUGCUCCCGGUGAAGAAAGCACAUCAUCAACCACAGGUCCUGCCACCACCACACCUGGGUCCAGCACCUUUUCAACUGCUGCUGUGGGCACCAGCUCACCGGUGACCAUGUUCACUCAGGGCAGUUCCUCUUCUACCGCUCCUGGAGGCAUCACCACGUCUUCAACUGCUCCCAGUGAAGAAAGCACAUCAUCAACCACAGGGCCUGCCACCACCACAGCUGGGGCCACUGCGGAGUCCAGCACCUUUUCAACCGCUGCUGCAGGCACCAGCUCCCCGGCGACAAGGUACACUCAGGGCAGUUCCUCUUCUACUGCUCCUGUAGGGAUGACCACGUCUUCAACUGACCCCAGUGAAGAAAGCAUGUUGUCAACCACGGGGACUGCCACCACCACACCUUGGGCAACUGCGGGUUCCAGCACCUUUUCAACUGCUGCUGCGGGCACCAGCUCACUGGUGACCACGUUCACUCUGGGCAGUUUCACCCCUACCGCUCCUGAAGGCAUCUCCACUUCUUCAACUGCGGCUGGUGAAGAAAGCACAUCAUCAACCACGGGACCUUCCACCACCACACUUGGGGACACUGCAGAGUCCAGCACCUUUUCAACCACUGCUGUGGGCACCAGCUCCCCAGUGACCACAUUCACUCAGGGCAGUUCCUCUUCUACUGCUCCUGGAGGCAUCACCACGUCUUCAACUGCUCCCGGUGAAGAAGGCAUGCCAUCAACCACGGAGCCUGCCACCACCACACCUGGGGCCACUGCGGAGUCCAGCACCUUUUCAACCGCUGCUGCGGGCACCAGCUCACCGGUGACCAUGUUCACUCUGGGCAGUUUCUCCCGUACCACUCCUGAAGGCAUCUCCACUUCUUCAACUGCGGCCAGUGAAGAAAGCCUGUCAUCAACCAUGGGGCCUGCCACCACCACACCUGGGGCCACUGUGGGUUCCAGCACCUUUUCAACCGCUGCUGCGGGUACCAGCUCACCGGUGACAACAUACACACAGGGCAGUUCCUCCUCUACCCCUCCUGGAGGCAUCACCAUGUCUUCAACUGCUCUCGGUGAAGAAAGCAUUCCAUCAACCACGGA